AUGAAUAAGAUUCACGAUAGAGAUAAAGCGGGCGGUGAGCGCUUUUCUUGAGGUUGGCGACGUAUCUCCAAUUAAAAACAACGCCUACACAGACGUUAAAUUACUCGUUUACCCAGUUUGUUCUAUUAAACAGCACUUCUGGCACGUUCUCGAGAGGCUGUGCGAAUCGGUCGGUUUCAGCGAUUAAGAUUGUUCCCUUGGAGACACCGUAGCCGGUCAACGCGUAGUUUCCGCUACACUUUCCGCACACCUACAGCUAACGGCUCCCUCAAAUCAACAUGGACGGAUUACCGACGCCUUUGCGGUGCUUCAACGAGAGCCACCCGGCAGAAAAGUUCGCGGAUGACGGGGUGGAAACGGUGACUUCAGUGGAGCAGAAAAAAGUGGAACACAGUAUUGAAGAAGUCAUCAGUGUUUACAAGCAAAUACACAGCUUACCACAGCCAACGUUGUUGCGGGAACAACACUACCAAUAUCUCAAGAAGGGCUUGCGUCACUUAUCAGAUGCUUACGAGUGUCUGGAUGCCAGCAGACCGUGGCUUUGCUUCUGGAUUCUUCACAGUCUGGAGCUACUAGAGGAGCCCAUUCCUGCAGCUGUCGCCUCAGACGUGUGUCAGUUCCUGGCUCGCUGUCAGAGCGCCACAGGCGGUUUCGCCGGGGGACCGGGACAACACGCCCACCUCGCGCCUACCUACGCCGCCGUCAACGCGCUGUGUAUCAUCGGCACGGAGGAGGCCUACAAUAUCAUAGACAGGGAGAAGCUGUUAGAUUUCCUAAUGUCCGUGAAGCAGCCAGAUGGCUCGUUUGUGAUGCACGUUGGGGGGGAGGUGGACGUCAGGAGUGCGUAUUGUGCCGCGUCUGUAGCGUCGCUCACAAACACCCUCAUCCCUAAACUGUUUGAGGACACGCCCAACUGGAUCCUCAGCUGUCAGAACUGGGAAGGUGGUCUGAGCGGCGUGCCGGGUUUGGAGGCCCACGGCGGGUACACCUUCUGCGGCACGGCGGCACUCGUCAUCCUGGGCAAAGAGCACAUUCUGGACCUCAAAGCGCUGCUGCGGUGGGUGGUCAGCAGGCAGAUGCGAUUCGAAGGAGGCUUCCAGGGCCGCUGCAACAAACUGGUGGACGGCUGCUACUCCUUCUGGCAGGCUGGCCUGCUGCCUCUACUCCACAGAGCCUUGUUCAAAGAAGGGGAAUCGGAGCUGAGUCGGCAGCGGUGGAUGUUCGAGCAGCAGGCCUUGCAGGAGUACAUCCUCCUGUGCUGCCAGAACCCAACGGGCGGCCUUCUGGAUAAGCCUGGCAAAUCCAGAGACUUCUACCACACGUGUUACUGCCUGAGCGGCCUCUCCAUAGCGCAACACUUUGGAAACAUGGACCUCCAUCACGAGCUGAUCCUCGGCAGGGAGGAGAACCGACUGGCGCCAACUCAUCCCGUUUACAACAUUUGUCCGGAGAAGGUGGCGAAGGCUCUGCAGCACUUCCACCGGCAGCCCGUCCCCGAAGACCACGCCGCGUCGGACCCCGCCGGUGCCUCCAGGUCACGUGACCAUCGGUCCUAGUCGAUCGCCGGUGAAGCCGCCCGGAUCCCCCCCAACAGCAGUCGGGGGUCCCCCCCCCCCCAAAAGCCUUCUGACAGUUGACUGGCAGCUUAAAGGCGGGCUGGACUUUGUCUGAAUAGGUCAACUGCGUGCGCAGGGGAGCUUAGCAUUCGGCUGGAUUCUUGCUUGGGCUGCGUAAUGUUUUCAAUACCUGAAAUAAAAGUGGAUGUUUCAGUUUGACCUCAGUUAAUAAAUCUUUGUAUGGAACUUGGAAUUGUUAUGAAAUACUUCACUGCAACGGUCGACCGUUAAGAACUUCAAUGCGUGGAACGGAUGUAACUGACAACAGUAUUUUAAGAUAUAUCCAAAUCUGGUUCUUUUUUAGGUCAAAAAAUUAGAUCUAUAAUUUACUAAUAAAAUGACUUCCUAAACCAAACUGUGGGAAUAUGAUGUUUUGGAUUUAAAAAGACAUUUUGCAAUAUAAAUGUUUAGAUUCUCAAUUUGUUGCUUUAAAAGCUGCCACUUUUCUUUGGGUCUGCUCUGCUUAAAACAAAUUGUUCUCCAUUCUAGACACCAAGCUUUAAUUCUGAGGGAAGAAAGCUGACGACCCGAUUGUGUUGUUGUAAAAAACAUUUUGGACCGAAUCACCACAAGGAGCACCUUAAAGGAUAAAAUAGUUUAUUUUAUAGUCUCAUAGUAAAGGCAGGCCUUAACUUGCAAG